AUGUUGAAUGAAGAUAAUAACUAUGAUUACACAUCCAGAUCCACAAAAUUUUCCAUCCGUGAUGAUUUCCCUUACUAUGUGGCAACCCCUUUCCUAAGUUCAAUAACUUCCUUAUCAAUUUCUACAAACAGAACUCAACUUUAUCAUCGUAUUAAAUCAAUUACUUUGGCUUUAUCGUUCAUUCAUGCUGCUCGUCAAAUUUAUACAACUUCUAAAACGAUUUUUGAAUAUCAUGUCCUUGGUUUUGAAUGGAUCGUCGAAAAGCAAUUUUCACUUCCUAUAACAAUGAAUACAAUGUUAUCAAGUAUUGGUGACUUUAAAACUGAGAUUGGUCCUGGUAAAAUUCGUUUCCCUGGGUGUCAAGUUUAUGGUAUGCUUAAUAAUGCUUCAAAUGCUGCUAAACAUUUAGAUGAUGUUAUUGGUGAUGAAGAUGAAGAUUCCCUUGUCAAUUAUGAUUUCUUAAAUGAUUGUGAAAUUGGUUACUAUUUCCCUGAACAAUACUCUUUUGAUAGAGUUAAGUUUGAGAUUGCACGUUACAUUUCUUUACAACCUCAAUACAUUCAUGAUGAUGCUGUUUACAGGCUUCCACUUUUAGAUUAUCCUCAAGCUACUUUAGAUAAAUGUCUUAAUUCUCUUAAUAAUGGUACACCAAAUGGUGAUGAUAUGAAAGAAUUGAUAAAGAUUUAUUUUGGUACUUUUGCUGAUUUUACUAAAAGAAUAAGAAACCCACCUGAACAUGAUGUUUUAACUAUUUAUUGCAACUUACAUCCAUCUAGUACUUCUGUUAGGGAACUUAUUAAAAAUGCUAAUCAUACUGUUUGGAUUUAUCAUGAAACAUAUGUAUAUCAUCUCAAACAACUUUUCCAUGUGACUGAUGCAAUUACUUCAGAUAUUGGUUCACCAGCUCAAGUUUUCAAACGUGUUGAAGGUUGA